CGGCGACCUGGGCAGCCGGAAGGGACCAUGGCGGCCGCCGGAGCUGCGGCCACGGACCUAGAGGUGGUCCGGGGCAAGCGUGCCGCGCUUUUCUUCGCCGCGGUGGCCAUCCUUCUGGGACUGCCGCUCUGGUGGAAGACGACGGAGACUUACCGGGCCCCAUUGCCUUACUCAGAGAUCAGUGGACUGAAUGCUCUGCUGCUCCGGCUCAUGGUGCCAGUCACAGUUGUGUUUACUCGGGACUCUGUGCCCCUGGACGACCAAGAGAAGCUACCCUUCACCGUUGUGCAUGAGCGAGAGAUCCCUCUGAAAUACAAGAUGAAAAUCAAGUGCCGUUUCCAGAAGGCCUACCGGAGAGCUUUGGAGCACGAGGAGGAGGCGCUGUCCCUGGGCAGUGUACAUGAGGCAGAAGCCGUGUUAGCUGAGCCGGAGAAGCAAGCCAAGGGCUCCCUGACUGUGUANGUGAUCUCGGAGCACUCCUCCCUUCUUCCUCAGGACAUGAUGAGCUACAUUGGGCCUGAGAGGACGGCAGUUGUCCGGGGACUGAUCCACAGGGAAGCCUUCAACAUCAUCGGCCGUCGCAUAGUCCAGGUCGCCCAGGCCAUGUCCUUGACGGAGGAUGUGCUUGCCGCUGCCCUGGCCGACCACCUGCCCGAGGACAAGUGGAGCUCUGACAAGAGGCGGCCGCUCAAGUCCAGCUUAGGCUAUGAAAUCACUUUCAGUUUACUCAACCCAGACCCCAAGUCCCACGAUGUCCACUGGGACAUUGAGGGGGCUGUCCAGCGCUANGUGCAGCCUUUCCUGAAUCGCCUCAGCGCUGCGGGCAAUUUCUCUGUGGACUCUCAGGUAAGACCAGGAGUGAGUUACGGAGCCUUUUUCUUUUUCUUUUUCUUUUUUUUUACUGGGUUCUCCCGGCCGGGGAAAGGCUGCGCCUGGAUUGGGAUGCUGAGCCUGGAAUCCCCCAUCUGGUGUUCUUUGUCCGCAGGGUCCAGUGCUGCCUCCCUGUACCCUGUGCUCCACUUUCUGCUCUAUGUGCCUGAGCUUGCCCACUCCCCGCUGUACAUUCAGGACAAGGAUGGAGCUCCAGUGGCCACCAAUGCCUUCCACAGUCCCCGCUGGGGUGGCAUUAUGGUAUACAAUGUUGAUCCGAAGAUCUAUAAUGCUUCAGAGCUGCCAGUGAGGGUUGAGGUGGACAUGGUGCGGGUGAUGGAGGUGUUCCUGGCUCAGCUGAGGCUGCUCUUUGGAAUUGCUCAGCCCCAGGUGCCUCCGAAAUGCCUGCUCUCAGGACCAAAGAGUGAAGGACUCAUGACCUGGGAGCUGGACCGAUUGCUCUGGGCUCGCUCCGUGGAGAACCUGGCCACAGCCACCACCACCCUCACCUCCCUGGCCCAGCUUCUGGGGAAGAUCAGCAACAUUGUCAUCAAGGAUGAUGUGGCUUCUGAGGUAUAUAGGGCUGUGGCUGCCGUCCAGAAGGCAGCAAAGGCCUUAGCCCUUGGGCACCUGUCNUCCGCCUUUGCUGCCAGCCAGGAAGCCGUGACCUCCUCUGAGCGCGCCUUUUUUGAUCCCUCCCUCCUCCACCUCUUGUAUUUCCCCGACGACCAGAAGUUUGCUAUCUACAUCCCCCUCUUCCUGCCCAUGGCUGUGCCCAUCCUCCUGUCCUUGGCUAAGAUCUUUCUGGAAACUCGCAAGUCCUGGAAAAAGCCUGAGAAGAUAGACUGAUCCAGGCAGCAUGUCAGAGGGAGCCCUUCUCUCUAGCCACGCUGGGAGGGUGUUGGNCCGAGAGACCAAGGCGAGGUCUGCUGGUGAUGACAUGUAUGCACUCUCACCCGUGGGCUCUCUACGGAUGGCACUCCACGAUAGGCUCCCUUCCCCUCCUAGUCCACUGACUUGCUCCUCCAUGACUACAAGCCUCAGAAGGUACCCUUCCUGAUCUCCAUAUCUGGCUUGAACUUGAAAGCUUUUGUAUGCCUACCUCUGGACAGGGGUACUUUGUCCUUGCAGCCUGUUAGCACAGCAUACAAACGCACUGAGAGGUGAAUUUAGGGGAGUACUUGGGUUGAACUGUAGCCCCAUCCUCUCCACUUCUGAGACCACCUCCCUCCUUCCUCAGCUUCUUGACUGGUGUCACCCACUGGGGACAGCCUGGUCUAGGAGGCAGUGGCUUAGGACCUUCUACCUUGUGGCUAAGGUUCCCCUCUACCCUUUCAGAGAGGUAGUGUGGAAUAGGAGAAAACAUUUCUGACUUGGAACCCAACAGGCCUGAAUCAGACUCCGGCUUCUGCACUUAGAGACUAGAGAGUGUCAGCUAAGCCGCUCCUCGCUCCUCACCCGAGCCUCUCAGGUUUUCAUUGGUGGGAAAGCACUGAUGAUGUCACCCUCAGAAAGGGGUUGGAUUAAAUGUGAUAAGCGUGUAAAAGUGUUCUGUAUAUUGGGCUCUUUAAAAAUAUACACUAGGCUGUUAAUAAACGUUGGUUGAAUAUGA